GUCAGUGAGUUCAACGUACAGAGAGGCAGAAGGAGCCAUGGCAGAGACCAGCCUGGGUGGUGCUGGUGUCGUGAAGACGAUCCUACAAAGUGCAGCAGCAGGCUUCGCUUUUGGAGAAGCUGCGUUAUUUGCAGUUGAGCCCGCACUGACUGAAGAUGGCGUCCUGCUCAAUGCUGCCACUCUGGCUGCUGGUCGAGCCGGCUCCACAGGCGUCGGGGUAGUGACGGCGUGCCUCGUGUUCACCUCUGUGCUCCUCUCUCUGGGAAGUGGUUUCCUCCUUGCUGCUAUGACGAUGAAGCUGUGGGUCAAAGUUGGAGCAAGGCUGCAGUGGGUAGUGGAGGCCGCAACGGGAGUCUCUGUGGUGGUGGGUGCCGUCACUACUGGAGUGUUAGCGGGCGUUCUUCCACCGUGGAUCUACAUCGCAGCUCAAGGCGUUCUGGUCCUUGUAGUGUACUCAUACUCCAAUAUUAACGACAUGACCACAGCUCUCUUAAUCAUCUUCACCACCCUCUACCUCAGCGUCCUGUAUGGAAGAAUGGGCGUGAUGAUUGGACUCUUCGUCGUGGGGUUGAACAUCUCUGUGCUUUGCGCCCUUCGUAAGGCUCUGACGGAGAGGAUGACACAAAGACCAAAAUCUAAAACCGGCUGCAAACUUUUAGAGAGGAUCUUCUUCUACUCUGUUUUUGUAGGUAUACUGGGAUUCUCAGUAGGUUUAGGUGCAGGUGAAGCAGGAGAAGGCUCCGAAGCAGAGGUGGUUUUGAUGCUGCAGUCGGUCCUCUGGGUGGCGUUCCUGUCCGCAGGGCUGCUCGGAGCUGGCCUGGGAACUGUGGCCACGGUCGGGCUGGGGCCAGGGGUGGCUGGAAAGGUUGCUGUGGGAGCUGCUGUAGUAUCAUCACUUGCCCUAAGAGCUAUUCUGCACUCAAGCUCAUCUCUAGGGCCCCGGAGCAACAUGGGGGGGACAUUAGGAGCAGCUACAGCUGCGGGGGUGUCACUCGGAGCUGCGAGUGUUGCAGCAAAACAGGCAUUCGGGUCCAGAAAUUCAGCUUUAGCCAUUUUAGGUUCAGUUGCUGUCGGUGCAGUUGUGGCAGUGAGAGCUGUAGCACUGAAAGCAACUCUGCCUUCAACAUCAGAACUCAUAACGAUCACCCUUGUUGCAGUGGGGGCAUUUGUUCUGGGUGCACCAAAGAGCCCAUUCCACACUCAGGUGAAUCUACAAACGGGCCUCCUCACGGGGCCGGAGCUAAUUAAAGGCAUCGGCAUGGAGACGGUCACCGCAGCAGCAGCUCCGAUUGGAGCCGGUGCACUUGGGGCUGCAGCGCUGGGCACCGCAGCUCUGGGGAGACUGGGGACUGUGGGAGUUGUGGUGGCUAUAUUGUUGGCUUUGGGAAGUGCUCUUAGUGGCAUGAUAGGAAAAUCAGCGCCGACAACAAGCACACACACAGACUGAUGAAGCCAGAGUUUAGAUCCUUGUGUCAGAGUGUCUGAACACAAGGACAAACACAGAAGAAGAGUGCAAGUGUGUGUAUGUGUGUAUGAAUUAAGUUAUGGUCAGGGACACACAUCAGAGCCAAGACCAGUUAAUAUUGCAUGGCUUGUCCAGCUGGGGGGCAAAAGUUGUGUCCACAAUGCAGAACAAGCUGAUUGUUGGGUCAGUGGUCAGGGUAAGGUUUGGGUUUGGGGUUGGUCUCCAGGAAAUGAAUGUAAGUCUAUGUAAUUUCCCCAAAUGUGACCCAAAUUAAUUAUUUGCAUUAUGCAUUAUUGCAAGUGUACACUGGAGCUUUGAUGGAGCCCAACCCUACAUGAACCUGCAUUGUUUCUGUCCAAGCUUUACCGAAUACUGAACCACAGCAGCUAUUUUGGGCCCGAGCCCGAGUCGAAAACCAAAAUUUCCAAUUACAUUUUUUUUCUUAAAGCAUUUGUAACGAGCUAAGGGCUGACAUGUUUGCCCACACCACUUCUCCGUCUUCUCUUCCCUCUGUUUCUUCGAGAGUCUAUCGUCCGCUCUGCGUCUCACGCACAACAGGUUGGGCAAAGCGGAUUGCACCCCUCAAUGUGUCUUCUUUUUCGAGUGCCCACGGAGGUCCACGGCUAUGUGGCGCUCAGAUGAUGAUCACUGGUCUCUGCUGCAUGUCAUGCACAUCUCUCCCACGGCCAACCGAGUCACCUUGCAGCCCCUCUCACUGGCUUUCCCUUGUUUUCCCUCCAGUCCAGUGCAACUUCAUCCAUCUCUUGUACAGAGCACUAGAGUUUGUGUACAGUCGGCUAUAGCCUCGUUUCCACCAAACACUUUCAGUAUGGUACCUCUGGAACCAAAAGUAACCCUUCAGACAUGGUACCUAGAC